AUGUUUGUCCGUUUCAAUGAACAAAAGUGUUGUGUUUGUUUGGUGCGGGAUAAUGGAGGAGAAUAUACAGGACCAGAAGUUAGUAAUAUUCAAUCACCACCAACAACACCACGUAGAGAUAGAUCAUCAUCGAUAGCAUCCAAUUCGUCGACAUCGUCGGUUGGAGGCAUUACAUUUGACGACGAAGAUUCAAAGAUACCCGUGUAUUUGGGAUCGGAUGGAACAUUGUACAAUAAAUACUAUAUAGCAGUCAAGAUACUCGGUAUACCGGGCGGCAACGAUGAGCAGCCAUCGGGCGCGACACCCAACAACAACAGACCAAAGCCAUUUACAGGAACAGACAGCAUAUUCACAUCGUUCCCGUCAGAGCACGGUGGCUUUGACAACUAUUUCGAUUACGAGCAAUCAGUGUUGGAUUGGAAUUCACAGGUUGGCAACGCACUCAACAACAUUAAAUUGCCGAUUGCUAUGGGUCGCACCUACAGUCGUCCACGCAUCACGCAGGGUAACGACCGCAUCAGAAAGAACUCAGAGGCAUCAAACGACGAUUCAUUUUCAACAAACGAUAAUGCGAGCGACCCAGCUGGCGACACACACCCACACCACGGCAGCAGCGGCGGCGGCGGCGACAAUGAGUCAAAGCACAGCGAUGGCGCACCGACAAUCGGUCUUGACUCGCGUAGUCGUAGUGGCUCGGACGCGUCGACUGGCUCGUUUGAGGGUAGUGGCCAGAUUGGCCUGGACGGCUCGUCGCCGAUCGACGGCAGUCCCUCGAGUGGCAGUCUAACAGGUUUGGUCAACGGCACGCGCAGUCGCAGCAACAGCUCCACUUACUUUGACCCGCGUAUCAACCGCUCCAACUCCUUGUCGCCCAAGCAGUCGCUGCAGUCGCGUCUCGGCGACAGUGGCGACUUUAAGCUCGGGCGUGGAGGCAGCGUCAUGAGCAUGGACGAGGACCGCUGGACGCUGUCCAAGGAUCCCUGGGAGGCACAACUCAUCCUGCAAGAACCCGUCCCCGAGUUUUACAACAGUUUUGAAGAAUACGAGUUUGCGAUGCGCAAUUGGGCGAUCGAGGUCAUUAUCAAGACACCCGUCCUCCCUCCCCAUGCCAAUCAACUCGGUCAGCUGCCAAACGGCGGCAACAACAGCGGUGGCAGUGGCGGCAGCAAUAGCAGCGGUGACCAAGCAUCCAACAGCAAGCAGGGUGGUGCGGGUGGCGCAGACGGAGACGCUGCGUCCGGCCACAAGCACGCUGCCGCCAGCCGUUCGCUCAACGCGGUCGGCACCGACGGCCUGCUCGACAUUGACAUCAAGCAGUGGAUCGUCCGCAGCGGACUGAUCGACAUGACACCCGAAGAGCAGCGCGUCGCCGAGCAACAUCUCGACGUCAUCGACCGUCUUUUCAAGGCGACAUUUGGUAAUGGCGGACGCUUCUUUGACAGCGUCGCACUCAAAGAGGACAAGCAGUGGCAAAAGAUGCCCAACGGCGAGGGCAAGAUCAACCUCAUCGACACGUUUGACAAGUGGUACCGUCGCAAGCUCAACUGGCAUCGCAACUCGCUUGCCAACUACAAGGGCGGCAUCUGGUCGGUGCAUCUGCUCAUGCCGGCCAUUCCAACCGGCUGGAAAGAGUCAAAUGUGCGCAAGCAGGCGUUGUUGCCACCACUCCCCAUCCGCGCGCUGCGUCGUACCGACAUCCAGUCAGAGGCAGACGGCAAGCGUGUAGACACGACCAUCGUGUCGCCCGCCAUGCCCAUGGACUACACCAAGAUCCUCAAACCCAACAUGAAUAUCCAGUACAUACUCGGAUUUUACGAGAGUCCGUCUGUUUCUACGACCAGUCCAUUUGCACCAACCGCGAGCAUCUCGGCCGAAGAGACACGCCAGUACAUCAAGAUUGCACGUUUGUACGACCGUCGUCUUGUGCACUCGUACCGCUUUGACACAUUCUACUCGUGGUCCAAGUACCCACAGGCUGCUGGCUUGCCCAACACCAACCAGCCACCCGAUGUACUCGCCAUGCUCCAGUCGCAGAAACAAGAUGUCGAAGCUAUCCUCAUCCAACAACCAUUCGAGUUUAGUAGUAUUUUGGCACUUGUCAACACUGCCAGUGUCUACCUCGACAAGUUCCAAGAGUGUUUUGAUUUUGAUACGUCGGUUGGAAUUGCCGCGCACUAUGCUGUCGCACUCCCACCCAUUGUCACGCAGAUUGUCGCACCCACCUCACCUGCCUCUCCCGGUGGCGCCACCACCCAAAGCUCACUCGGUCAAUCCACCUCGUCGAUGGCCAACCCCAAUGCCAUCAACAACACGGGCAGCGCGAUUGGCAACAUGUCGGGUUCAUCCCCUAACCCAAUGGGAACACCCACCAAGCAGUACAGUAACACCCCCAACUCGCCACACCACCUCUUGGCCAGUCCCCCCAGCCGAUCCGGUUCGAUUGGCAGCUUCACCUUUGGCAGUCCUGCGUCCAACAAGAUUCUCCUCUCACCAUCAUCGCACAAUCCAAGUCUUUUGGCAAACAUGAGCAACAGCAGCACAGGUGUCGAAUCUCCUCGACCAUCGCAUCACUCUAGAAUGGAACAAGUACAACAACAAGAGAACAAAUUGACCAGCGGUGUUGGGUCUAGUGGCUCGCCAUCACAAAGCACAGGUGGUAGUCCACGUUCAACCACUGCCACCUCUCCUCUUUUCAACACUCUCACCUCUGGCUCUGGUUCUAGUUCACCCUACACCACCAACUUUUACAACUACAUCUCUAGUCACACCUUCCCAGAAAUCCUCACCAUCUUUGAAAAAGUUAACAGUCCAUUGGCUCAUGCCAAACUUUCCUCCCUUGUUCUUGCUUGUUUAGCUUCAGAUAAAGGUUCCCUUUUAAUUGAAAAUAUACAAUCAUUAUAUAGAAUUGCUCAAGCAACUACCUAUUUUGAUGUUGUACCACUUGAUUUAUACCCAUACCCAACUCAUUUUAAUCUUGUCAUGACCUCACAAAUUGCAAAGGGACCAACUCAAGAAGUAGUUAGAUUGGUAUUUAUGUAUUAUUAUUUAAAUAUUAUUCAUGAAAGAGUACAAUUCUACUCUUCAAAUCCAUCUGUAAUAUCUUGUAUAAACUCUUCUAAAAAAGAAACUGCCGAAAGAAUUGGAAAUCAAAUUCAAUCCGAUAAAGAAUUAUUAUCCAACAUAUUCAGAGCAUUGGGACGUAAAUCUUCAACCAUAUCACAUUGCUUCUUAUUUGUUCUUGUUCAAUUAAUGAGAAUGACUGAUUGUCCUUCAGUUAUCUCAUUCUUAAAAUUAAAAGAUAGUAUAUUACCACAUUUACGUGAUUUAUGUAAUAGUAAAUUCCUUCAUUCACAAUUUGCAGCCAAAAGAGUCUUUUCGAUUUUACAAGAAGACGGAUGGAAAGAAUUCCUCUAUGCCGAAUACUCUGAAAAGGAUGCAUUGAUUUCAGAUUUAAUGUUUGCCAAGGAAUUGACACCAAGCAAGCUCAAGAUUAGUAUAUCAAAGGCAGGUAGUGCCCACCAAAACAGCUCUACCACCACCUUUUCCAACAAGGGAUCACUACUCAGUGACUUGGCACUCAACAUGUGCAUCAGUACUCUUGACGGCAUCAACUCGUCUGCUCAAAUCCCAUCGGUUAGAUUCCUCCUCAACGACCAGUUGUUUUUACAAAUCUACAACAACAUCAAGUCUAGUGGAAAGACUGGUGACCGUAACCUCGAAAAUCUAUCACGUCUCUUUGCCUACAUUUGCAAGACUGCCGUUCGUUUCUCCAUGAUCAAAAAGAGUGAUCAAAUUAAAAUCAACAAAAAGAGCACUACCGAACAAGAAAUCCUCAUUUCACCACCAUUCAUGUUUGAACUGCUAAGUUUGGUUACUACUUCUUCAAAUGAAAAACCAAUUGUAAAAAAUUAUAUGUUGGAAUCAUUAAGACAUUUAUUAAAACAACCAGAAUUAUUUGAAAUAUUAAAGAAGGAAGCCAAUUUGUACAACAAAUUAUUAAUUGUAUCAUGUCGUGAAGGCAAAUAUCCAGAGUUUAAUCGUAAUAGUUGGAGACUCUUUUUCCAAAUCAUUAGAUUGCAUCCAGGACACAUUGAAUUUUUGGAAAAGAGUAAAUACCUGUCACAGUUUAUCGAUAUCAUCAACACGAACGCUGGUCCAGUUGUUCUCUCCAACUCUCUUCAUUACCUCACCAAGCUCUUUGCCCUCGUUCACUAUGAGAACCGUCGUGCAACCCUUUGGAAGGGAUCAGUGUCAGACUCUAAGCACACUGAAAAGGAUGUCAAGACACUGCGUGACUUUUUCACUGAACGUCACAUGUUUAUCAAGAUCCACAUGGUCUAUAGACGUUAUGUAGAAAGCUUCCCAGGUCGUCCAUUUGUCCAUCUUGUCAACCUCUACCAAGCCAUCUCUACUUUACCAAUCUGUCAAAAGUUGUUAAAAGAUACAACAAAGACUUCAGACUAUAAAGAAGGUUUUGCAAAGAUUUCAAAAUGGUUCAAGGAUGAAAGUACUCCAACUAAAUAG